UUGACAAUAACACACCAUGACGUCAUGAAAAGCCAAACAACAGAGCCAAUGCAGCUCUUUCUUGGCGAUCAAGAGUCCUCGAGGACCGUGCACACCAUGCCAGUACCGGACAAAGAAAUCUACCCCGUCUAUGAGAAAAAGAUCGACAAUGAAACACCAAAAACUCAAGAGUCGACGCAGUCGAAGAAAGAAAAGUCCAGAGAUAAUUCAGGGUUUGUUACAGGGUUUCUGAUGUAUGUGUUAGAGCCGAUUCUUCCUGAUGACGGGGUCAAAGGAGAUGGUAGGAUUGCGAGUCUAUUGUAUUUGAUUUGCCUCACAACAGCUGGGGUAGUAUUCAACUUAUCCAAGUGGUUGCAAGCCGAUUCGAAGGCAGAUUCUGGGGUAACAGAAGAUCAUAUUGAUGGUUUUCUAAUAACUUGUAUAGUGCCUACGCUAUUGUGGAUUUGCUAUAUCUUUUGUAAGCAAAAUGACCGUAAAACAGUAGAUUUCAUCACGCCGUCACCACACUCAAACAGACCUUUAAUGGCAGGCGCGUACGUGUUUGGGGCAGGAAGCUGUGUCAUGGAUUUACUUCAUAUCGCUUUCUACGUUGAAUGCUCUUCCAACUUGUCAAGUCUGUUCUUCUCCGUCUUCAAAGCAAUCUUCAUCUUCUCACAAAUACUAUUCCUCAGGAAAUUCGCCAAUGCAACGCUCCACAAAUCCCCCAGCAUAAGACUUGUACUUUUUCAUAUUCUUGGGACAAAUAUUUGUAUCUGGUUUCGAGCUCUUUUUAGUCACUCGCGAAGUAUUUUCAGCGUCAAUGGAGGAUACGUCCAAUUGCAGUUGGAAGAAGAAAACGUUUGUGUAUCAAAACAUUAUUCUAUGAAAAAAAUCUGGGAAGCAGCAGAACCCUAUUCAUAUCCCUUCACAAUGGAGUAUUCCUUGAUUGCGGGUGGAAUACUCUAUAAUAUGUGGAGCGGGAUGAGAGAUUUGGAUCCCGAUCCUCAAGACAUCUAUAUCUAUGACGAACUGUCUGACUUUAAUACGACGACUGAUAACAUGAGCGAGAAGUACGAUGAAGACCAUGGGUAUGGCACGUGUGAAGCCCACACCCCUUCUAACAACUCAAUCACCAGUGGACGCUUCCUUAGUCGAUUCUCCUUAAACAGAGCAGUUUCGAACUCUUCGCUUUGUCAGUCGUGCAUCGAUCAUCAUGAUCAGUGUAGAAUGAACAAGGUACCCAGUUCGGAUCCGGGUCUCUUAGUUGGACUUUUAUUCUCCAUUCUUCUGCUACUCGCGGUAGGAUUAUUAUGGGUGGACAAGACGUCCUCAAAUGCACUUAGGUUUUACUAUUUGUAUCAAAUAACGUUGUUGACUUUGAUGAGUAUUUCGAGUUGGGUUAUUUUGAAGUGUCUCAUGACUCAGAAACUCACGUGGUAUUCAUUCGCACCGGACGAUACGUUACUAAUUGCUUCAUUUACUGGAGUCUUCCUAUACGCUGGUCUAUGCCUCACAGCAGGGAUCGCUGAGUACAAAAACCGCGGGCUCAUAUCAGACUUUUCGAUCGCAAAAUCUACACUUAUUCUAUUUCAGGGCAUGCUUCAAGCAACGGCAGUCAUCAAGGCACUUCGGUUCAGGCCUCGAGAUGAGAUAGGAGCAAACGUGAUCAGACAAGGAGCGCUGUUUCUGCUGACGACCAACCUCGCACUCUGGUGUCAAGAUUCUUUCUUCGAGUUGAGAGACUUUGUAACUACGCCGGUCCAGACGGUGUUCUACGGUGAACGGUCAUGGAGGGCAAUUACUGUUCUAGCGUAUCCACUUUGUAUAUUCUUCCGCUUUCAUUCAGCUGCGUGUUUGUUCGAAGUCUGGUCUAGUUUUAGGUGUACGCAUUAAGGUAAUUUUCCAUGAAAACUUUUCUAUGAAAAUAAUUUGACAAGUCUAUAGAGAAGAAGCGUUCUUCUCAAAAAGACAAAAAUGAAAGGUUUCGAAAUUAUUUUUUUAUAAAAAAACGAUAUAGUUUGUAGUUACAAAUUUUACAUCGGUUCAUUUAGUUGGAUGAUUUUGAGUCCGCUUUGCGGUGUUCUAACGAUUUGAAGAAUAAGGUAGAUUUAAGCAUGUUAAGACUUUCUGACUGAAUAACAUUUUGACACCACUUACUGGGACAAAAACAUUUAACGGACUGAAACAGACUGUGUAACCUACUUAUAUAAAUGACGCAACUUGGCGGUAACCGUUGAUAGCCAAGUCACAGCAAAACAGCCAACUCAUGCAGUUAGUGACUGACUUACUGACUGACUGACUGACUCACAGACAGACAGACAGACAGACAGCGAACUCAGUUAGUGACUAACUGAAUGACUGACUCACAGACACACAGCAAACUCAUUUAGUGACUGACUAAAUGACUGACUCACAGACAGACAGACAGCCAACUCAGUUAUUGACUGACUGACUCAUAGACGGACAGCAAACUUAGUUAGUGACUGAAUGACUGACAGACAACUGUUCAACUUUAAAAAAAUGAUCGGCCAACAGACAUGAUUGACUGACCUACAGUCAUUGACUGACUGGCAUACAAUACAAAUGGUAGACCAACAGACAACUUUCGGAAUGACUCAGUGAAUAAUAACAGACAAAUUAAAAGACUGAUUGGCAGACAGCCAAAUGUCAGACAGACAGACACUGACUGACAGUUACGUAGCUAAAAAAAAAUGCAGAACUGUAGCCCAUACCGACUGACUGACUGAUUAAUGCCUGACUAAUAACUAACAUCUAUAAGAUAUUGAACUGCUUAGCUGACCCAUAGACAGAUGCAUGACUUUGACUCAUUUGCAUGCAAACAGCGAACUAAUUCUUUGAAUAACAAAGAUAUGGCCAACUGUAUAACUCACUGACUGACAGACUGCCCACUGACUGGCUGAUUGACAGCUAUAGACAGCCAUCUCAUUGACUGAAAGACAGGCAGACAGCUAAAUGAUUGCCUGAAAAACAGACACAUUACACACACCGAACGCAUAAUUUAUUACUACUAUACUAUGAAAGACAGACAGACAGCCAACUGAUUGACUGAAUGACAGCUAUAGACAGCCAACUGAUUAACUGAAAGACAGACAUACA